AUGUAUAUCCCUUUACGUGAGAGGGAGGACGAAUGUCGCCGACACCUCUCAUUUGCAAAGCCCGGUGGUGGCCAUGGGUGGCGACUAGGGGCACCAACGGAGACGUUGACAGAACCUCUGGUGGUGGCUUGUUCCAAGGUGGAAGGCACAACGACAUCCCCCAAGUCGGAGGGAAGACGCCGGCGGCAAGCUCCAUUGGCCCUAGGCAACGCCGGCGACAAGCUCCACAGUGGCGACCACGCGAUGGUGGUGGAGAAGGCUAUUUUUGUUUUCAUCAACGACACACUACCUUCAACUGCUGCUCUGAUGUCCGCUAUUAUGAGGAAAAUAAGGAUAAAGAUGGCUUUCUUUUACAUGACUUACAGGGGAGAGAACACCUUCGGAUCCCAUUAG